AUGUCGUCCUUCACCACCGUCCUCACCUCCCUCGACCUGCCCCCGCUCGUCCUGCUCCAAACCGCAGCGCUGCUCAUCACCGGGGCGCGGGACCUCUUCGCCCAGCCCCCGACCACCACCACCACCACCAGUGCAAAGCCACAGCAGCAACAGCAGGACAACGGCAUGCGCGGCAUCCUCACCCUUGCGCUAGGCCUCGCGCAGCUCUGGACGGGGCUCCACUACCCGAUCGCCCAGAACCAGCUCAUCCACGCGAGCGUGCCGAUCCGCGUGUUCGUCCUGGUGCCGCUGGGCCUGCUGCGGUUCGGGCUGUACGGGAGCCGGAUCCAGGGCCAGGGAAAGGCGGAUCUGAUGGCGGCGGUGGUUGUGGAUCUCUUCGGGGGCUUGCUGGUGGGCUGGAGUAUUGGGAACUACUCGGGGAGGGUGUGA